UCGCAACGGACGAACGUAAACGCUCAUAUUAGGUUUGACAGACAUGGAAUGCUCCCCCAGAGGCGUAUCGCGUCUCGCCCUCCAGGCGGUGCUGGCGACUCUCUUUCUGUUUUUGGCGACCGGGAAUGGGUUUCUCAUGAUUCCUCACGGAACUGGGAUGUGUCCACCUAUAAGCGAGUGCCAUCGAAAUGUCUUGGUGGAAAAGGAGAUCCAGUGCGCCAUGCUUUGCCUGAGAGAAUUCCACUGCCAUGGAGUCUGCUACAACCCAGAGAAACUGAGAUGUCUCACAUACAACUUCGACCUGACAGCGGCUAAUGGGUUGCUGGAGUCAUUGCCAGGGUUCAACAUGUAUUGGGCAGACAGUCUCAAUGGCUACUCGCGCUUCGGGAGAAUCGCCUACUAUAAUUUGAAUCAGGCUGGUGGCUUCGAUUAUGCGGUUCAGUUCUGCAAGAGCAGAGGAUCUAGCCUCAUUCUUCCUAAGUCCAGUGAAGAAGAAGACAGAAUCAAAAGCGCUCUAGCAUCAGACGCGUGGUUAUACGUCAACCUCCCCCCAAAUGCUGCAUCGCCCAGAGAUUACGUCGAUCUCCAAACAGGAAUGAUCAUUGAAUACAAGAAAUUCAGCGCCAACACAGCAAAUGGCGAAGCUUGUGCCAUCAUCGAAACGAAACCUCUCUGGAAAGGGGUACCUUGCAAUGAGCUCCACGGAAUAAUCUGUGAGAGCGGAGUCUAACUAAGGGCAGAAGGAGCUACCUCAGUCAGUAGCAGUUUCAAAGAUUUCUCCUUCGCAUCCCCGUUGUAUUGAGGGACUUGGAGUGUCAUCCUGAAUCAUAGCCCUUCCCAUGGAGCGGAGGUAGUCCUUAACUUCUUCAAUGACCUACCUUCCACAACUGGAAACUCCUUCAGAUGGUACACCAAAACCUUCAAAUUCAUCUGCUUUUAAAAUGUUAUCUGCUUUUAAAAUGUUAUCUGCUUUUGAAAUGUUAAGUGUCAUUGUGUAAGUCUGAAUUCGGUGAUUGUCCCUAACUGGAACCCCCUUCAGGUGGUAUUCCAGGACCCCUCAAAUCUUACCGAAUCUUCUCUAGUUCUGGAAAUUAACUGUCAUUGUGUCUAAGUAUGAACUCAGAAGAGAGCAAGGAAACUAGAGAUACGAGUCUGAAGUUUUCAAACUGAACAAGACCGCAGACAAUGUUUCGUUAAUGUAUUCCAUUGAAUUCAGUCCUUGGCAAGAAAUAUUAUCACCAUUUGGAUUAUAAAUAUUCCUGACGAAUCAAACCCCGGUUGGAAGCCAAGGAUACUGUCUGUAGAUUUUGUGAUUCUGUAGUCAUGCACUUACAGCACUUAUCCUGUAACUACAAAUACGUAUGUAGCACUUGUUUUGUAGCUUCAGUGUCAUCAACACUUAUUUUUGCACUUCGUCAGGUGAAAUAAAAGUGGUGUGUCCGGUUUAGGCGCCGAGACUCGAAGUGACAAAGCUGAUUAUUGCUUCUUCAAGCUUUUCUCCAGAUAUGCUCAGUGGAACACAUACCUACAUACUUCACAUUGAGACGAGUGUCAUCACUACUAGCUUUUCUGAAUGUUACGAGUUUAGUGUUUGUCAUUAUUACUAUUAUUAUCAUCAUUACCAUUAUCAUUAUUAAGAGCCAGUCUGCAGCCUUGGUUCCCGCUAGCUUAAUGCCUACAGUAGAGAAUUCAGCCAAAAGUAAUCUCCCUAUGGAUGCGAGAGA